AUGGUAUUUGGAAUUUUCCUAAUGACCGCAAUGGUCCCAACAAUCAUUGGGGUCAACGAGGCGACCAAGGGCACGCGAGAUCAUGAAGACCACAGACGAGAAAAUGCACGAAAACAACGCUGUCAUCUUUCAGCGCAAUGCAUGCCUCUCGAUGGAUCACUGGAGCAGAGAUCAGCAAUUCAUAAUGCAAAGAUAUGCUUGGGCCCAGAUAAAAGGGUAUACAUCACCAAAUCCCCCAACCCACAGCUGGUUCCGCUGAAUGGUGGUUUCCACCAGCAUCCUGACUUCGCCCCUGGGAACACUGCAGGGUUCGUCACCGUCACAGGCGAAACGCCUCCCACUCUACGCUGGUUCUAUCUUGAUUCGCAGACCCAUGAGAUGCGAUGGGGAGGUAGACAAGAAAGCGAGGGGAAUAUUUGUGGUCCUUUCGACUGGACAAAAGAUGAAGAGCGGGUCACGCUACAGGGCUGGGAAGGCUGGUUGGCUGUACGAGUUCUGGACGAGAAAAGAGCUAAAGAGCUAGGUGCACAGGAUGGUCAGGGUCUGUGGAAAUUAUGCUUUGAUGAGAAUGAUGAUGGGGCUGACUUGCCCCCGGGCACGGAAGCACUAGAAGUCACGAUCAAGCGGACCACGGCGGAAUCCUGA